CAUCCCGCCGCACGCUCACCGCCAAGCAGCCGGCACCCCCUCGCCGCCGCCGCCGCCCCCCCUCCACCCCUCGAGCCCACCGACCCAGCCAGCGAGCGUCCGCCAGCAGCCGUGCCGUCGCCCCACGAUGGAUGCGCUCAUGAAGGGCUUCUCCAUGGCCAAGGAGGGCGUGGUGGCGGCCGCCGAAAGGACCAAAGCCGGCAUGGAGGAGGCCGCCGCCAAGACCAAGGAAGGGGUCAUGUAUGUCGGUAACAAGACGAAGGAGGGCGUUGUGUCGUCAGUAAAUACUGUGGCCAACCGGACCGUGGACCAGGCCAACAUCGUGGCCGACACGGCCGUCAGCGGCGCCAACGAGGUGUCGCAGGCCGCCACGGAGGGCGUGGAGAACGUCGCCGCGUCCGCCGGGCUCCUGAACCAGGGAGAAUACGGAGCGAUGGAGCAAGGUGGCGACAGAGGAGAGGGCUACUAGUUCCAGUCAGGACUCGAUCUCAAGCGGCACCUCGCACCCCUUCGACCUUUGCCUCGCUCAACAAGAGUCCAGGUGUUUGUUUUCUAUUUAAUUUUUUUGUGGUUUUUUUUUUUUUUUGGGGGGGGGGUGACUUUUAAACAGAAUCACACCUUUAUCUGGGUGGGACUCUUCCGGAUGCAGCACCCCCCCCUCCCCUUCGCCUCCCGUGUGUCAAGUGUCAUCCCAAUUACGCAACCUAAUCCUGGAAGCAAAAAAAAAAAAAAAAAAGACGUGCACAUGCAUGAAAUACACAGAAACCACACAAUAUUGCAACUUCCAAAAAAAAAAAAAAAAAAAUACAAAUUCAAUUGACAAGAAAGGCUUUUAAAAGACCAAUUGAAAAAAAAAAUGAUUCAGUGUCUGACUACACAAAAAUGCGUGCAGGUUUUUUUUUACAUCACUAGAUUUGCAUGGCAUCACCCAAUCACCACAGAGGAAACUUUCAUCAUGGAGUGACGAGAGUGUGCAGAUGGAAUUGUGGGAACUGUAGUUGUUUACGACCAUUUUCAACUCGUACAUAAUCAGCUGUGCUCCUGCCCAGUGUUCCGACAAGGCCAUUCGACAUGACACCACUGUGUGUUGCCUUAUUAAACACACACAUACACACCCUUGUUGCCAUCAAUGCUGAUUUUAAAAAAAAUGUGUCCAUGCGAAAUAAAUUUGUGUUUGUUGAUGUUGGAAAACACUUUGCGU